AUGGAUCAAACGGAAAAGCUACGGAUUAGGCAAGAGAAACUUGCUAAGUGGAAAAAACAGAAACUGAAUAAUGAUGUUACAGCAUCUGUUUCUGUAGAUGCUAAGGAAGAGAGACUGAAGAAACUAGAGGCAUGGAAGAAGAAGAAGAAACAACAAGAUGAACUCAAGCAAAAGGAUAUAAAACUUACCAGUAUAAAGUCUGCGGAUAGGGACAGGAACAAACGAAGGGGACAGUGUUCGAGAAAACGUCCUGCUUUUGGGGGAAGUGAUAGUGAAUCUGAUGAUGAAAAUUCCACAUCAACGUUAUUCAAGCCGCGUAGAAACGAUACAAAUACUCAUGUUCUGACAAAAGACAACAGCAAGGAUGAUUUGGAUGAUGGGAAUGAUGCAUUGGAUGAAUAUAUCCACAAGCUUAUCGAUAAAGAUUCGAAUACUAACCGAGUAAGACUUAUUGAUAAUAUUUCAGAGGAUGAAGAUGCUAACGACAGUAGCUCAGAGAAAACGAUAUCUCAAGAGGAAGCUCCGGUUGAUUCAGAGAUAUUAUUCAAAAAGAAGGGUAGAAAGAAAAUAAAAGCCAUUGAUUACUCUAAAGUUUUAAACUUAAUAACAUUAAAUAAAUGUCUUUAUCGUGAACCGAACGAUUUGGGAUUGAUGUCAGAGAAAGAUGUGGAGGAACUUCGAUUAUCAUUAGAUAACAUUAAAAUCUCAGGGAAAGAUUGUCCCAAACCUGUAACGAAAUGGUCACAGCUUGGUUUGUCCUCUGAAAUCAUGGAUCUUAUCUCCAACGAACUACAGUUUGUAACCCUCACACCAAUUCAAUGCCAGGCAAUACCGGCUAUUAUGUCAGGCAGAGAUGUUAUUGGUAUCUCAAAAACUGGGUCAGGGAAAACGGUCGCUUUUCUCCUACCACUUGUUAGACAGAUCAAGGCUCAGCCACCUUUAGCUCCUGAUGAGACUGGUCCUAUUGGUCUUAUAUUGACACCGACCAGAGAAUUGGCCGUUCAGAUACAAGAAGAGGCACUUAAAUUUUGUAAAGGGUCUGGCAUUUCAAGCAUCUGUUGCGUGGGAGGCUCGGAGUUAAAGCAACAAAUCAAUGAAUUGAAAAGAGGUGUUGAUAUCAUUGUCGCAACUCCAGGGAGAUUCAUUGAUCUUAUGACAUUAAAUUCAGGCCAUUUGUUAUCUCCUACAAGAAUUUCGUUUGUUGUUAUGGAUGAGGCAGAUAGACUUUUCGACCUUGGAUUUGGACCCCAAGUCAACCAAAUUAUGGGCUGCAUCCGUCCAGACAAGCAGUGUGUUCUCUUUAGUGCUACAUUUCCAAGUAAGCUCAAACAUUUUGCAUCGCGAACCUUAAAGAAUCCUAUUCAAAUUACUAUAAACUCUAAAUCACUUAUUAAUGAGAACAUUCAGCAGAGAGUCCAAAUUUUUGAUGAGGAACAUGUUAAAUUUGAGUUCCUACUUAAAAGGCUUUCGGAUCGGUUAGCCUUGCAUCGUGGUGAAGAUGAAAAGACAAUUAUUUUCGUUGGAAGCCAGCAGCUUUGUGACCUUUUAUAUGACGAGCUUUUACUUAAUGGCAUCACCACUUUUCCUAUCCAUGCUGGCAAACCUUCUGCAGAACGUCUUCGCAACUUGCAAAAAUUCAAAGAAACUGACAACGGAAUUUUGAUAUGUACUGAGGUACUCUCAAGAGGUCUAAACGUGCCAGAGGUUUCUCUUGUCAUUAUAUACAAUGCGGCAAAGACCAUCGCACAAUACGUUCAUACCGUAGGAAGAACUGGUCGUGGGACUAAUAACGGCGUUGCGCUCUCCUUCGUUAUGGUUGAUGAACUUGCAUCUGCCUAUAUUUUGGUGAAGUGCAUGAAAGAGAACGAGUUGAGCUCUGUGCCGAUGGUUGUCUAUCAAAAAUUGAAGGAAAUGAACGACGAAUUUUCGAGUGGACUAAAGACUGGAAAAUACAGAUUGAUCCAGGGUUUUGGUGGAAAAGGUCUUGAUCACUUAGACGAGCUAAACGAAGCAAAACAGUCUCAAGAAUAUACUGACUAUGGUGUCGUUGAAAAUGAAGAAGAUGUGACAGAGGAAGAAAGCGGAGCAACCAAAAUGGAAUACACAAGAGGUAAAAGGGAAGAAGGACAUUCCACAACAUAUUUUGCACAUAUAAAUAUUAACGACCUUCCGCAACUUGCGAGGUGGGAAGCAACGAAAACAGAGACAGUCUCGAACAUCAAACAGGAGACAGGAUGUAAUUUUGAGAGUAAAGGUAGCUUCUACCCUGAAGGAAAAGGGCCAAAGAAUGACACUGAUGAUCCUAAAUUGUAUUUGAUUGUGGAAGGUGCAGAAGAAAGUGACGUAACAAUGGCAUUAGAACUCCUCAAUACAAAGGUUAAAGAGGGAAUACGAAAAGCAGCAGUGAAGGAUAUCCAAUCAGGUAAAUAUCGUAUGUAA